AUGUCUGAACGUUUGUCGCAGGUCGCCGGCCAUCUGUCCGGCGCGCUCUCCCGCGGCCUUCUCGCGGGCGAGGUUGCCAUUCUUAGCACGGGUCGUCGACAGGGCAUCGGGCGCAGCGUCGCGCUGCUGUUCGCGAAGGAGGGCGCGAAGGUCGUCGUCUCCGACCUGGACGAGAAGAAGGCGCAGGUGGUGGUAGACGAGAUCAAGGCUGCCGGCGGGGACGCGCUCGCGGUCGGCGGGGACGUCUCGGCGGACGACUUCCCGGAGAAGGUGCUUGGAGCCACGAUCAAGAAGUACGGGAAGCUGAACCACAUCGUGAACAACGCCGGGUUCACGUACGACCGGAUGCUGCACACGACGCCCGACGACGCGUGGGACGUCAUCAUGCGCGUCCACGUCCGCGCGCCGUUCCGGCUCAUCCGCGCGGCGGCGCCGUACAUGCGCAUCAAGGAUGUGCGCAGGGGAACACGGAGAACCGUCGGUGAUCAACGUGUCUCGACGUCGGGCCUGCACGGGAACGUCGGCCAGGCGAACUACGCCGCGGCGAAGGCGGCGGUCAUCGGUCUGACGAAGACGAUCUGCAAGGAGUGGGGCCUGUUCGGCGUGCGGGCGAACACGGUCGCGUUCGGCCUCGUGCACACACGGCUGACGGCGGCGAAGGAGGACGGCGCGACGAUUGAGAUCGACGGGAAGAAGGUCGCGCUGGGCAUCCCGGGCGCGAACGCGAGUGCGAAGAGCGCGCCGCACGCGGUCAUCCCCCUCGGACGCGGCGCGACCCCCGACGAGGCGGCCGGCGGUGUGCUCUUCCUCGCGUCGCCGCUCGCCGCGUUCGUCUCGGGCCACACGCUCGAGGUCACGGGCGGUGCGGGCAUCUAG